UUCAACUGCAGCCUGUAAUUUCAUUUACACUGUGAGAUGAGGCGAACAAGACCUUAUUUCCACCUGCUCCCUGUUGUUAGACUGAGUGAUUGGAUUAUUGGCAGCACCUGCCUGAGUGUCACUCCUCACCACUGCAGACACACGUGGCCUCUAGCUACAUCAUAGAAAACAAAUAUUCAUUUUUAACAUGCGUGAAGCAAAAUACCCACCACUGUUUUUAUUUGUUACCACAUUAUUGAUGGUGAGCUGUCAUAGCACUGAACAUACUGCUGAACAAGGUACAAAAUGUGGCGAAAAUGCUGGAGCUGGCGACUUGGAAAGAUUUGAGUUAACCUUAAACUCAACCAAUAGGACUCAUUUGGCUUAUGGAAUUGCUGCCAAUGUGGUUGCUGCGCUGUUGUAUGGAAGCAAUUUUGUUCCUCUUAAAAGAAUAGAGACAGGCGAUGGUAUGUUCUUUCAGUGGGUAUUCUGUGCAGCGAUUUGGAUUGUAUCUAUGAUUGCAGACUUGAUACUUCAGUCGCCCAAAUUCUAUCCUUUUGCGAUGCUUGGAGGAGCCAUCUGGGCUACAGGAAAUAUAACAGCUGUUCCAAUUGUUAAAUCAAUUGGCCUCAGUCUUGGGAGUGUUAUUUGGGGCUCUUCAAGUAUGUUGAUGGGCUGGGCCAGUUCAAGGUUUGGCUGGUUUGGGAAUGUUCAGGAUGUUUCCAGGCCAGUAUUAAAUUACUGUGGAGCUGGGUUGUGUCUCCUCAGUGGCCUGAUCUUUUUCCUUGUGAAAACGGACGUGGAACUGCAUCCAAACUCUGAAUUGAUUCCAUUACUUCUAGACAGAAGAUCAAAUUCAUGCAGCUAUGGUCCUAGCUCCUCAGAGUUCUGGGUAGAUGUCAGCGGACCAAAGACCAGGCGGUUCAUAGGCUGCCUGCUCGCUGUUGUCUCGGGCCUGCUGUAUGGGUCCUCCUUUGCACCCAUCCUUUACAUUAAGAGCCUUUCAUCAUGCCGUGACAGCGUGUUCCAUGGAGCCAGUGACUAUGACCUGGACUAUGUUUAUGCCCAGUGCUCCGGCAUUUUUGUCGCAAGCACAGUGUACUUUGCCAUCUAUUGUGUGGCCAUGAAUAACAGGCCCAGGGUCUACUCCCGAGUCGUCCUACCAGGUCUAUUGUCUGGAAUGAUGUGGGCAUUGGCCACAUACAGCUGGUUCCUGGCCAAUAACUACCUGAGUGCAGUCAUUACUUUUCCUAUUGUCAGCGCAGGAUACGGUCUGGUUGCAGCACUGUGGGGAACGUUGGUGUUCAGAGAGGUUAAGGGGUUGGGCAACUGCUUGAUCUUCACCUUGGCCUGCUGUGUCGUGCUGAUCGGCUCCUUAUUGACCGUCCUCUCAAAGCUUUAAUUAUGCAGAAAACUGUUGAGAAAAAACAUGUUGUGAUUGUUCUAUUUUCAUUAUACAUAUUGACUCAGAAAACAAUGUCCUUGUUUUUAUAAAACUUUGAAGCAUCAUUAGAAUAAGCCAAAAUGCUUGGUGUUAGUUGAAAAAAAUGAUGUUGAACCAGUGAGGUUUGUAUACUGAGCUAACAUUUGGUGGCAGUGUCUUACAGGAAUGAACCUCAGGCUUUCUGGUUGGUUCAAAGAGGAAGUUUGCUGUUGAACUUUGUAUUUGUUGUUGAAAAUAAGUUUGUCACCUUUUUGUAAUUUGUUUAGCUGCUUCUCACAAAAUUUGCACACCAGUUUUACCACAUCGCUCACUUUUAAUGUUUGGUUUAAGAGGGACUGUCUUACUAAGAUGCUGCACAUUUCAAUUUUUCACUGACAUGGUGGUUGUUUGUGUGUCACUGUUUUGCUUUUCAGACUGUAUUACUAAAUGAGUCCGUUUUUGUCUGCUCCAACAAGAAUUUUAUAUAACAUUGCUUCAUAUAGCAAUCUGGCAAACGGCAUUUGUAUUUCUGUCAACACUCUGGUGGUUUUCCCUCAGCUCAUGGCCUCACUCCUGUCUCCUCCCAUACAGCUCAGUUUGAGUGCAAUGUUGUGACAUGAAAGCAGUGUGCUCUUUAUUGAUUUUUCGAUGGCACAUAUGGGAGAACAUCGAUGAUAGCCCAGAGUUGAAAGCAGUAUCCUCUCUGAAUAAAUAUAUGGGGCUAAUUAAAUCACGAAGGAGGUGGCAGGGUGUGUUACUGAGGUUAUAUGUUACACAAGUAAUCAAUGAAAAGUAAAAACAUAUUACAGAUAUAAUGAAUGUUUGGUUAUUAAACCGAUGCUUGAU